CCCGCCGAGGCGGUGGAGAACGUGCUGAAACACCUUCCAAAGCACCGCAGAGAGGAGGUCCGGGAGAUGCUGCGCACCUGCAUGGAGGAUUACACUCCAUCUGGCGUGAACCUCGAGGAAUUUUUCCAGAACGGGCAGUACGAGUGCGAGGCCGCGUGCCGAGCAGGCCUGCCGCCCUGGGUGCGCCAUAGUCUGGCCAAGGGGUGGCUGGCACCCUUCAUCAGCAACGCCCUGGUGCUGAGGAGCGUCUUCCUCCGCACCCAGGUGGAGAACAUGCGGAGAGCCAGUGCCCACAGCGCGGCUCUGCCCAUCCGACGGGUCAUCUACGGGCUGCUGCUGCUGCUGCCGGCCGCACCGCCAUGUGCCGAAACUCCUGCUCCAAGUGAGGAGAUGGGCAAGGUGCCGGUCGUAUGUGAGUUUGACAGACUCCAAACGACGCUUAGAAAAACAUUUGUUGAAGCAACAAGGCUGCCCACAGGUUUCUGUGAUGACGGUUUUCCUUUGGGCGACUUACUGGAGGUGCCUGUGUCAUGCCGUCAGAUGCUUUUGCUGGAAACUCUAGGAGUGAAAAUGAGUUUCCUUGAGUCUAUCCCCAGACACUUACAACUCACCCUCGCUGUCACGUGUUACUGGGUACAUCACUCAGAACCAAAAGUUGAGCUGCAUCACUUAAAGGCUUUACUUCUGAUGAUAGUAUCUGGAGAACUGCACGGGCCAACCAAUGAUCCAGGCUUUACAGUGGGACCCUCGUGCACAGACUGGAUCAAGAGCUUAAAUCAACACCUUCAGUGGAAAAUCUGUUUAGUUCAUCUCCAAAAAUAA